AUGCCUACCGAAGCCGCGACCCCCGCAAUCUGGGGAAAGGCUGCUGUUGCUGGCGAACAUCACGCUAAAUUUCUCCGUGCUGGAAGAUUUGCGCCCAUCGUUGCGGCGGCAAGCAAACCGAAGUACACGCGCGCGCGCGUGAAGAAUGCGAUGUUCUCGGAGCUCGAGCUCGAGCUACAGCUCGACGAUCAUUCGGGUGCGGAACGUUAUGCCGAUCAUGUCGUUUAG